AUGGUCAAUCACAGUCUCAUGGCACUGUGUAUGUGGGAGGAGAAGUCUAGAAAUCAAUUGCUUCCAUCCUCCGCUUUCUUCACCGUGGGUGCAGCUGCUGUCUCGGUGACUGUCAUCUGGUAG